GUGUGUUCAGCGUUCGUUUAUUUUAAUUCAAACAUUCACAUGACAUGGCCGGCACCGAGACUAAUGCAUAAAUUGUUAAAUACGUUUACGCGUUGUUAAAAAAUUAAAAAUAAAUAAAAGUUUCCGAGUAGUUAUUCAUAAUUUGAUUCGACUUGUGAAUUAAAAGUAAGUGCACGUGUUAACAGCACAGAAUCUGUUUCUUUAUUACACAAAUAUUAUUAUAAUGUAUUCGCAAAAAGGCGUGUGGCUUUUCAUGUUUAUAUUUUAUAACACACUUCUUGAAUUGCAGUGUGCCAAGAAAUGGGAUGAAAAACAAUUAUUUCCGUCCAGUAAAAUACCUGAAGAUGGCCUGAGUCCGCGCCGUUUAGUUGUUAGACGAAAAAUAGUUCUCUAUCACAACUUCUUUCGCACCAAGGUUCGACCUACAGCGUCUAACAUGUUGCUAAUGUCUUGGCACCCAAUCGCCGCUCGUCAGGCACAAAAUUACGCAGAUCGUUGCAUUUUCCUACAACAUAAUGACGCUCGAGAGAACACUGUGCCAUAUCUUGGAUCCUGUGGGCAGAAUCUUUUCGUUGCAUCGCAGAAAACGCCAUGGUUUUUCGCAACAAAAACGUGGUUCUUAGAAUACAAGAAUUUCACAUACGGUGCUCCGGUUCGCAACUUGAAGGCUGUGGGACAUUACACUCAGAUGGUUUGGGCUACCAGCCAUAAGGUUGGUUGCGGCGUCGCUCAUUGUGCCGGUGGUCCUUGGGGACACUUCUAUAAUUACGUGUGUCACUAUUGUCCAGCGGGCAAUAUCAAUACGAUAAUACAGUAUCCCUACAAGAUUGGAAAGUCGUGCGAAGACUGUGAAGGCAAUUGUAUUUCUGGAGCGUUAUGUGCUAACUCGUGUCCAGUUAAGGACUUCUUCUCGAACUGUGAUGAUCUUGUGAAAAUAAGUAACGCUUGUCAGCAAGGAAUGUGCAACGCUACCUGCUCUUGUGGCAGCAAACGGCUGCAUAAAAAUUAUCCCUGGUAGACUUUGAGCUUGAGAAAAUUCUGCUUUAGUAUAGUAUGAUUCAAAUGAGCCAUCUUGCUGAUUAUACACGAGGCUGUGGGUUGCAGCCCGAGACGCAUGCGAGGGCGUAAAUCAGCCGAGUGUCUUGUGUGCAAGUUGCUUAGGAGUUUCAUUCGCACUUUUUUAACACAUUUUCGAGGAAAAAUAAACAUCGCUUGGUUAUUAAAACAGUUGGUGAAUGUACAAUUUUCAAAACCAUAUUGAAUUGUUGAUAAAACUUGACAUUUUAAUAGUUAUUUAUGCAACUGUUGUGUAAUAAGGGGUAUUAAAACACGAAUGUGGAUUUAUCUCACGAGGCGAAGCUGAGUGUGAUAAUAGUACCACAUGAGUGUUUUAAUACCUAAUCAUCAACAGUUGCAUACAAGAAUUUAUCUACACCCAGAAUAUGAAUCCUCUAAAAGAUUCUGGAACAGUUAGCUUACUUACCUAAUAUCAUUCAUUACUGAUUAUAUACAAAUAAACUAAGUAUUAAUGAAACAAUUAUUUAUUUUAGUGGUAAUUUACAUUUUGUAUAGUACAAUAAUUAAAAUUCACUCGAAUACAAUGUUCUUUUGCAGCGUUUAAAAUGAAUCGCUCAUUUUUUGUAAACAAAACAAUAAAAAUAUCGAAAAAAAAAUGGCGGGGAUUCGAAUAACCUACUUUUUUUUUACGGCGUGCGACGUUCUGGGAGUGUGGAGCGCGCGUAAACGAAAAUGUUCUUUUAUUGAAAUUCAUACAGAUACCACGCAUCGAGCAAUAAGAAUGUGGCUGUAUGUUGAAACUCUUUGCGCAUGAAGGGAUAAAAAAAAAACGUAGGAGUGUUGUUAUGAAAUUCAGUACAACAUUACAACACUCUUUUGGAUGAUGUAAUGUUUUGGUUAUUAGAACAUUGGGUGUUUUAAUGUUGGCAAUAAGCUAACUGUUUCAGAAUCUUUAAUAGAGGAUUUAAAGCAUGGGUGUAGAUAAAAUUAUAUACCACACAUCAACAAAUGCUAUUCAAACAAAAUAUGAAAAUUAUGGGAAAUGGUGUGCAAGUUUUUUUUUGCACAUGCUAAAUGUAAGUUCAUUGAUUACGUGCAUUAUUAUUAUUGAUUAUAAUUUUAGUCAUAAAAUGCAUAUAUUUUAUAACAAUUGAUUAUGAAUUACAAAUAAUUUCUUAAUUUAGAAUGAUUUUUCGUCUUAAUUAGGGAUAAAUUUAUUUAUUCAAAAAAUGUAAGUGGUUUAUCACCGGCAUAAAACCUCUUUGUUGCUACAAAAAAAAACUGUAUCACCCGGCUAAAUGAAAAUGCUCUGUUUACUCUCAUAUAAUUUGUAGCUAAGUACUAACAUAACUUUGUAAGGUUAAUUCUAGCACGAGUUUGUAAUAUUAUUAUGCACGUGUGUGUUAUAGUGCGGUUUAAGGCCCUAAGAACAAUGCAAUAAGGCUCAAUUUACGACAAGUGUGUUAAAAACUAUUAGGAAUACCUAAUAGUUUUUACAUAAUAAGUGUACUUAAUAAAGUACACUUAUUAUAGGUAAGUGUAAUUUUAUUUUAUCAAUUAACUAGUAAUUAUUAUAUUAUUGUAAUUUAAAGAAGUGUAUUAAAUGUUGCCAUUUUA